GACAUUAGUUUUUGACAGGUUCUGGCAUUGAAAUUAAAAUCGCCCAAGUUCUAAGCUCAGAAGUCAGAAGAGGAAGCCUGAAGGAAUGGCACUCAUCUGUGCAUCCGCAGCCACAACGAGAUUCGCUUCCAUUCGUCUCUCCACCUCUUCUUCCAGCACGAAGAUUGAUCGGAAACUUUGGCCUUUUUCACCUGGAAGAGCUCGAGCUGGUUUCAAGGUUCAGGCCUUCUUCAAUCCGUUCGAAAGCAAGCCUAUCGUCAAAGAAGCUCUCAAGGAGCCGGUGGCCUUCUUGGGUGGGAUGUUUGCUGGUCUCCUGCGGCUGGAUCUGAACGAGGAUCCCCUCAAGGAGUGGAUUGAAAGGACCGUUAAGUCUGCUGGACUAAAUCCUGAAGAAGUGGAGUCGAAGUUAGAUGGGGAUGAAGAUUUGCCUCAGCUGAUAGAGAUUGAAUGAGUUUCUUUGUUUGGAAUUUGGCGAGCGGGCUGUGCUUUUGGCUAUAUUGACAAUGUAUGUGAUGCUUGCGUUCUGUGCUGAAGUAAUGUUUCUUUUAGGGGUUGUUUGGCUGCAAGGGGGAUUUAGUACCAUAAAUCUGUAAUCCACCCAUCUCUUCGAUUUAGUAAAUCUGAAUUCAGGCUGAAUCAAAGGCAAAUUUGGAUUUACUAAAUCCAAAAAUUUGUAAAAUUAUGGAACUCCUGCAUUUUGUUGUUAGGCUGGAUUUAGUAAAUCCAGUGAUAAAUACUAUUAAAACCCUUUUACCAAACAACCCCUUAGCAUGAUAUUGCUUUCCAAUAUAUGUUGGUUUUAUAUCAAGCUUAAUUCAAAUUGCUUUUGUACA